CUAUUAUUUUCUGACUCACACGACAGACAUACACACACAAAAUCUCCAGCAAAGCCCCUUCUAAAAGCGCCUGGAAGUCCAGGCGACGGUAGAUAAAAGGGCUCUGGGGCAGAAGCACUUGCAACAGCCGCAGCACAGAGACGGACUGAGCUCCGAGCGAGAAGAAGCCUCAGAAAGACACAGACGGACAAGCAGCGAUGUUGAGUUGUGGCUCUUUGCAGACUUGUCGGAGUUGCCGUCAGCCUGUCAACCCGUGGCCCGGCUCCAGCCUGGGCUUCCUGGGGCUCUGGCACCAGCUGGACUUUGUGAAGCGGAUCCACCGGCUCCUGGAACAGGAGGAGAAGGUGGUCUGGCAGCGGAACAGGAGCCGGAAUGGGCAGGAGGCCAGAGGCGGCGAAGCCGGCUUGGCUGUGUCUCUGGGCGUCCGGAAGUUCUCUCCGGAGCAGCUGAGCGUGAAAGUGGUGGGAAGGAAAGUGCUGGUGUCGGGAAGGUGGGAAGAGAGGAGGGAGGAAGGGGCGGACGGCUGCUGCAGCUACCGGCGGGAAGAGUUCGAGAGGGAGUACGUGUUGCCGGAGGGUGUGGACGAACAGGCGCUGUCUUGUUCCCUGUCCCACGAGGGCGUGCUACACAUUCAGGCCCCGCUCCGGACCCUGGCAGCCGGUCGCGAGCGCAUCGUGUCCAUCAGCCUCACCCCUCACCCAGCAACGCCUGCCCAGCCAAGCCCCGACACACAGCGGCCAGCGCAGGAGGAGGAGGAAGACAGGAAGAAAGGCUGAAGCGGCAGACGGCGAAUGAACUCUUCCACCGCACUGUUGUGCAGUAGUCCACCCAAAAACAAACCAAAAAAAAUAAUAAUUUAGUCACUCA